UUGGUUUCGUUUUUGUUCAAUUUUAAUUAUCGUUCCGAUCCUGUUAUUGCGGGGAUUAUCGGGGGUCGUAACGGUUUAUAACAUGUCGGAUUUCCGUUGCUAAACAAAUGAUUGAUUUACCGCCGCCACUAGACGCCCAUUGUUAUCACGUAGACCUUAUGCAAAUUAUUAACCGAUCACGAUGGUACGGCGGGGUACAGUGGCACAGGCGAAAGAAGUAACGCAAGAACUAUGGCGAGGGGGUGACCGCCCUUCCGCCACUGAUUGGGCAUCGCCAGUGAUUCUGUGAGACACAGUCUGUCUUCGAAACUGUGUACUAGAUGUUUUUGAGUUUAACAAGUUUAUUCUAAGACCGUGGUUUAAAGUAUAAUGCUCCAAAAGCAGUUGUGCGUUGAAGGCGAGGUCUAGCGUGCACAAGAGAGAGAAAUAGAGUUAAGAAAGACCGGCUACAUUUGAGCGCGCAAGAUGAUUGAUUUCUUUUGUAAAAUGAGUGUUUGAUUUUUUUUUUUUUAAUUUUCAAGCAAUGUUAUUUUAAUCAAAAGCGAAUGCGAUUUCAAUAACAAAAAAUGUACCUAUUAUCGUAUUACAGUAUUUGUUAUCCAUAUCAUUGCCUCUUGCAGUGAUACGAUUCGAGAUUGAUAACAAAUAAUAAUUUCAUGAUCCUGUCUUGUGAUUCGUACUGCCAUUCCGGUAUUUCCAGCCCAUCGUCUUAGCCGAUUGAAGCCUUGUUCUGAAUUUGGAAUGAAAUAAUUAAUUACAUUUUUGUAUUUAUAUAAGUAUUACACUCGUUGUGUUAUUAUGUAUAAUAUAUAAUCAACCGAUUUGCAAUAUCGAUUCUUAAGAUGCAGAACAAUUCUGAAAAACACAACCUGGAAAAUCAUGAUGAAAGUAAUAAACUAGUGGAAUUAUUCAAGAAUGUGUUAAAUAUUCACGCAGAUCGGUUGGAAGAAAUACAUUUAUUAAAAGCCAAGUUAUUUUUUUAUAAGCUACCAGUUAACAUAGAGACGGAAGUUACAGAUGUUAAAAUUGAUGAAUUGUUGGACAUUGAUAAUAAUGUUUUGAGUACAAUACUGAAAAUAUUUUCAACUUUAAAUUCAGAAAUAUUGUUUUUUAAAAAUGAUGUUAAAGUCAAAUUAUUUAAUUCCAUACUUUAUUAUGAAGAAUCUGAAGAAGAUAAGACUACCGAAGGUUUAAUACAAGUUGAAAUGAGCAAAUUUUUACACAUUUUAUUGGAGCUGUCAAAUUUUGUUCGACAUUGUGAAUAUUUGCUAAGUGAAAUUCAUUGUCAAUUUUUCAAUAUUUAUGAAUUUCAGUUAAUAACUGCUGACAUACAUUUCCAAGGUAUAUUUGAACAUAUUGGUGAUUUACUUUUUAUUUUUGUUGAAUUGGAUAAAUUUAUUGUAUCACAACCUGUGCUACAACAACACUGGAUUCAAUAUCGAGGAUGUUUAAAUAAUAUAAAAGAGGAUCCAGCUAAAUAUGAUUGUAACAAUAAUGACAUUGUUCAUUUAGAACAUAUUUGCAAUGAUAUUGAAUCCACUUUAUUAUCUGGAAAAAUUUUUGAAAGAGUAUUGUCAUCAGAUUUUAUUGGAAAGAAAAAUAUUCAGGCAUGUGAUAAUUUUGUAAAUGAGUUUAAACUUUAUUUAAAUAAUUCUGUACUACUAAUGGGACAACAUUCUUACCAAAAGUGUAAUGAUCCACUUCAAAUGUGGUCACGUGUUUGCUCAACUACUGUAUUUUAUACUUAUAUAUUUGGUGUUUUUGACAAGAAAUUGCUUAAGCAGUUUAUGGAUUUAUUAGAAAAAACGAAUCAUAUUCCAUUGGGCGGUAAUAUAAUGUGGGAUCCAGAAACAUUUGUUUUACAUUAUAUAGGGCAUUUACUCAAGCCUAACUGUGAUAAGACAAAACAAGAAAAUUUGAAAAAAUGUGCCUUGGAAUUAACAGAUAUGACGAAAAAUUUUUCAAAAAUUAUAUCUAAUCAUGUAAAAGAGGUACUUGUUUGGUUUUUAAAAACUAUGGAUGUAAAAUAUGUUGAUCGUCUUGCCUUAAAUGCAGAUUAUGUGCAGGACAUUUGCAACUUUUUGAAUGAGGGUAUUCGACUGAGUGCAUCUAUUAAAAAUACAUUGGUGACUUUUACAAACUUGCAUAGUACACUUGGUAAACCAAUAAUCAAAUCCAAUGUUGCUUCAAUCUGUAAAUUACUGCAAAUGAUGAAAGAUAUUAAUUAUGUUUAUCAAAGAGAUCAUAUUAAAAUGAAUAAACUAAUAACAGAUAUAAUUCAAUAUUAUGAAUUUUUAUGUCUAACUAUCAUUAAUGAAGCUAAAAUUUCUUGUGCGGACAAUAGAAACUUUAACACUAAAAACGUGGAUCGAUUGUCAUCUUUAGAAGUAGCUGAAAAACUAUUUCAUGGGGCUAAUGUAAAACAUCGAUUAUUAUUAAUAAAAUUAGCUUUGAAUACAGCAAAUGGCUUGGAAGCAUUUCAGAAGGCACAACUUCUUAAUUUAACAGAACAUUUGAAGAAUAUAGAUCUUCUUCAACUACUACAGGAUAAAAUAAAAAACAUUUCAGAAAUGAGUGUUAUGUACUGGCAUCGUGCUAUAUUUUCUUUAUAUUUUCAAAGUAUCAACAAACAACACAAAAAUUUUAAUAGUUUAUGUACAACAUUUGAUUCUCUAAAUGAUAUUUUAGUAGUGUCAAAUUUUAGCGAUCAAGUUACGAAACAACAGGUAUAUAAAUCAUUUGUUGAUGAAAUGCGUGAUUAUUUAAAUUGUCAGAUUUUACAACCUAUGAACCCAACUAUUGAAAAUGAAUUGCGACUUCAAGUCAUGACUAAUAUUCAUUCUGAAAGGAUAUUUCUCAAUCAACCAAUCGAUGAGAACAUCAGUACAAUAACUCUUCAACCUUUGCAAUUUUUGAAUAGUAUUAUAAAUACUAAAAAUAGAGCAGAAAAUUACCUGAGUGAAACAUUUUAUGAUUUAACCUCUGUUGCACUUCAUGAUUGGCAUAAUAAUGGUGUUAUGAGAACUUUAGCUAAGUAUAAAUAUAAUUUGGAAACCAUUGAUGAUAAAUUACCAAAUCACACUCUAGAUCAAGGAAUAGAUGUACUUGAAAUAAUGAGAAAUUUAAAUGUGUUUGUAACUAAAUAUUCAUACAGUUUAUGUCAUCAAAUAUUUAUUGAAAAUGAAAGUAAUAGUAAAUAUUUGAAUACAAUAAAUAUCCAGCAUAUUAGCAAUUCAAUUCGAAUACAUGGAACUGGAAUAAUGAGUACUACAGUAAAUAUAACAUAUCAACUUCUUUGUGGAAAAUUAUACUCGUUAUCAAAAUAUUUGUAUGACGAACGCGUGAAAUCAAAACUUAAAAAAGAAAUCAACUUUUUUAAUGAAAUUCAAAAAACUAAUAAUAUGAAGUACCCAUUAGAACGUGCAGAAAAAUGUUACUCAAGUUUAAGGAAGCUGAGCUUGGAUACUAAUCAAAAUUAUGUUGAUCAAUUUAGAAUACUAGUUACUCAUAUAGGUAAUGCUCUUGGUUAUGUGAGGAUGGUUAAAUCUGGUGGAUUAAAUUUCUGUGCCAUGGCAAGUGCUUUCAUACCAGAUUUGAAAAAUACUGUUAAUUUUGAAGAACUUUGUAGAAAUUCAGGAUUUUUCCAACAUUGUAUAGAUUCUGCACGUCAACUUGAUAAUGUUGUGCAAAGUCUUCGUCAAAAUAUGUCAGAGGGUACAAAUUAUUUCAAGUUGUUAAUUGAUGUUUUUGUCCAAGCCAUGAGUAGUGAAAAUAAUUCACAUGUGCAUAACUUUUACAUACUUAUUCCUGCACUGACGUUAAAUUAUAUUGAACAUUCAAUAAAUUCAAAAGAAAAAAUAUUUAAAAAAAAUAAAGGAGGAAUGUUUACAGAUGACGGAUUCGCCGUAGGUAUUGCUUAUUUAUUGCGUAUAUUCGACUCAAAGAAUAAGUUUGACUCAUUAAAGUGGUUCCAGUCUGUAUCUGAAAAUUAUGAGCAAAAAUUAAAUUCACUUAAAGACCAAGAAAUGAUAGCAUUGAAACAUGAUGCAAAGCUACAACAACCUCUAAGUUUGUCUUACUCAAGACUUGAAGUUUAUCAUAAAGAAUUCAUGCUAUUAUAUUACAACAUAAAUAGCACACGAAUAUUUUUCCAAUCAAAAAUAUCAACUAAUUGAGAAAAUAUGUAAUUUAUACUUCAAAAUGGUAUGU